AUGAUUUAUCAUCAAUUACAAAAACAUAAACAACUUUAUAAAUCAAUCAAUCAUAAUGAAAAUUCAUCAAUUGUUAAAUAUAAUUAUCUUAUUACAGUUGACAUUUCAAAAGUUAAUGAUAAUUAUAAAGAAGAAUUUUUAUUUAAUACAAAAACAUAUUUUCAUACUAAUAUUC